UAUAUUUGGUGCGAAAGGGGGCGCCUUCUGGAACUAUAUAACCGAGAAGAGGUGCCUUCAGGAGCAGUCAGUCCCAAAGCGCCACAUCUCGCACUUGCAAAACCACCCCGCGACAGCAAAAAACCCAACCAUGUCUCUGGAAAGGCAGGUCCGCCUCAAGCUCGCCGGCAAGCGCGACCCUGAGCAGGAAAAAGAGGCUCAGGAGUGGAUCGAAGCCGUGCUGGGCGAGAAACUGUUCAACUGCGGCGAGUCCUACGAAGACGUGCUGAAGGACGGACAGGUCCUCUGCAGACUCAUGAACAAAAUCCAGCCUGGAUCAGUCGCCAAGAUCAACAAGUCCGGCGGCCAGUUCAAGAUGAUGGAGAACAUCAACUUGUUCCAGCAGGCCCUCAAGAGCUACGGAGUUGCCGACCUUGACGUUUUCCAAACCGUCGACCUCUAUGAAAAGAAGGACAUUGCCCAGGUCACCACCACCCUUUUCGCACUUGGCCGCACGACUUAUCGUCACGCUGAGUGGCAAGGACCGUACCUGGGCCCCAGACCCGCCGAGGAAAACAAACGCGACUUCUCCGAGGAGCAGCUGCGCGCCGGCGAGGGCAUCAUCGGUCUGCAGGCUGGACAAAACAAGGGCGCCAGCCAGGCCGGCCAGAGCCUGGGCGCCACCAGAAAGAUCCUGCUCGGCAAGUGAGCGCCGUUCCCGCGGUUAGUUAUGCAACAAGUGAUGGUUGAAGAGGAGAUGUACAAAAUCAUUCGAUGGGUGUAUGACAUUCAUAACACUUUUGUAAUACUGUAAAACGCACAAUGACUGCCUUCUCUGUUGUUUUUUGUCCUUUGUAUUUUAUUUGAGCAUUAAAAUUAUUAAAUAAAUGUGUAUAAAAUUUAAAGCGAACAGAUUUGUAUUUUAAACAAUCAAAGUGAACGAAUAAAAUUUAUUUAUAUCUCUGAGAAUUAAG